AUGGAGAGUUCAACCUCCAGCACUGUGCAGUCUCUGAACGCAUCUGGCUCUUCCAGAGUGCACGUCGGCAACAGCUACAGCAUAACGCACCACCAUGGCAGAGGCUCCGAUGAUGAUGGAGCAAAGAAAUACCUGGAAGAACUGCGCUCGACCGAUCCCCGUGAUGACAAAGCCAGGAUUGAGCAGACUAAUGGCGGUUUGUUGAAGGAUUCGUACGUUUGGAUCCUUGACAGCCCCGAAUUCAUUACAUGGCGCGAUGAAAGCAAGGCUGGUCGGCUUUUGUGGAUCAGAGGAGACCCUGGCAAAGGGAAGACAAUGCUACUGUGCGGUCUCGUCAACGAGCUGCAGCCUUUGACGAGGCUAGACGGCUCGCAGAACAGCAAGACAGUAUCCUAUUUCUUCUGUCAAGCUACAAACUCUGGCCUGAACAACUAUACAGCAAUCUUGAAGGGUCUCAUCUACUUACUAGUAAUUCAACACCCAACUGCUGUGUCUCAUCUGGACGACAAGGAAGACAAAGACCACUGGAACUAUAAGGUGUCCCUGGAAGGAACCUUUCGCAAAAUAUUGGAAGAUCCAGGUCUUGGAGAGGUAUACUUGCUUGUAGAUGCCCUGGAUGAGUGCGUCGAAGACCUUCCCCUCCUCUUGGCACUGAUUUCCAGUACAUCCUCACGCGCCAAGUGGAUUGCCACCAGCCGCAAUCGCUGCGAGAUUGAAGAGCUUUUUGGAGAGGCAUCAUCAAAACUAGCACUGUCUUUGGAACUCCACGAAGGGUCUGUUUCUAGAGCUGUCGAUAGUUACAUCAACUACCGAACUCGUCAGUUAGCUGAGAGGAAGAAACUCAAGAAGAGUACUUUACAGCAAAUCCAUGACCACCUAUCUCAGCACGCCCAUGGAACCUUUCUCUGGGUGGCAUUGGUAUGCCAGCGACUAGAGAGAUGCCGAGCUUGGGAAAUUCCCAAUCAACUAUCACAAUUUCCCCAGGGCCUUAACCAGCUCUAUGCGAAGAUGAUGGAGCAAAUCCACAAGUCUGUCAGUUGCGACCUCUACAUUAGGAUCCUUGCUGUCGCAUCAACGGUCUUCCGCCCUCUCACCUUUGCAGAGUUAAUAGCUAUGGAGGAUCUGCAGAUAGAUGAGGAGCUAGUUCCUGAUCUCAUCGUGGAAUGUGGUUCAUUUCUGACGACAAAAGAGAGCUCUGUUGUGUUCAUCCACCAGUCUGCCAAAGACUUUCUGCUCAGGGAGUCAAGCACUUUACUCUUUCAAUCUGGACUUGCGCAUCAUCAAUACAACCUUUUUGAAAGGUGUAUCGCUAUGCUACAAAGCCUUCAUCCAGAUAUCUAUGGCUUGGUCUAUCCGGGAGUCUCAUUGAAGGAAGCUCUUCGGAAUUGUCCAGAUCCAGAUCCACUAGAGACCAUCAAAUAUUCAUGUGUUUUCUGGGCUGACCAUAUGCAAGAGGCAUAUAAACUCUCCAUUCAGAGCGAAGAGAACAGCGACAUCCGAUGGAUUGACACGGUUCAUGGUUUUAUUAAUGAAAAGUUCUUGUUCUGGUUAGAGGCCCUUGCUCUAUGUCGAAACCUAUCAGCAGCACUGAAAGCUUUGGUAUUCGUGAGGGACUUACCAGUUCAAGGGCAAGGAAGCUACAAGGCCCUGAUCGAGGAUGCCCUCAGAUUCUCACACUAUUUCUCCUCUAUAAUUGAACGAUACCCGCUUCAGGCAUACGCCUCUGGUUUGCUCUUCAGCCCGAGCGAUAGCCUUAUUCGCCGUCGAUUCGAACAGUACACCUCGAAAAUCUUCUCCCAAGGUCCAAAAGUCGACAAUAAGUGGAGCCCAAUUCGGAGCGUUUUUGCAUAUGACGGGCUUGAAAUUAGGAGUAUGAGCUUUGCGCCAACAAGUCAAAUACUAGUUAUAAACGCAUGGGAUACAUUGGUCAGAUGGAACGUCAGCCAAGAGCCUAUACCCAACGUCAUGGAAAGAGAGGGUGUCCAUGAGAAAAUUGCACUGUCAUCAGAUGGGAAGUGGUUAGCAAUUAUCGAUUUUGACCCAAGCUCCGAGUUCGAGACCGACCAGUCAUCAGCUCAAUACGAACUUCAAAUUCACGACUGGACUUUGAACAGGAUAACUUGGCGUCAAGAGCUUGACAACCCUGAAGUUUUGGGCAUGGCGAUCUCACCUGACAGUCAGUACCUGCUACUGUGCUAUGAGACAAUUUUGGUGAUCUAUGAUAUUGGCGGUGGACUACGUCGACGGUACACCCUCGAGAAGGCACUGCCUUAUUCAGGUCCCGCUAGAUAUUUCGAUGACAUAUACUUCUCCUUCUCAUCCGACGGUUCUUGGGUAGCGUUUCACAUGCGCCACAAGACGCAGAUCUGGGUCCUUAACUUGAGAACAGGCAAGCAGUACAACAAUGGCAACUGGAAGGAUAUUUCGCCUAUAAAUGACACAAAAUUCAUCCCCAGUACACACUUGCUCAUGUUUUGCGAUAGUGGAAACAACAUUUAUCACUGGAAUGUUGUUGAGCAAAACUGUGAGAUGUGGAGUCACAUUGACUACUCUUUCUCUCAUUUAGCAAUCCCACACUCUGAUUCUUGGAUGCUUCUGAGUGGGCCAUAUGGACUCUUUAUAUGUGAUCGUUCUUGCCGCCGUGCUCGACAGGUAGUUGGCUUGCCGUGGCUACCAGAUUGGGAAGCAAUUGCGAUUUCAUUCGAUGACCAGGCAAUUGCAUGUGGCUUUCAAACCGAGAUAUGGAUCUUGAAUACUAAUACCCUUUUGGCUGAUGAGCAAUCUGCAACACAAGAUACUUACAGAAAACUCCACAUCUCUGAUAACGGGCAAUUGAUAGCGCACGAUCUAGGUCGCAAUGUUGAAGUAUGGGACGCAUUGACAGGCGACAUGCUAUGCUCGUUGACUCUGGACGAUGUCAAUCGUCCAAGCAUCCAAAAUAUCACCUUCGCACCCAAGGAUCGCUACCUAUUAGUCAGCGGCCUGCAAUCAAUCCUUGGAUGGGACUUAGACGAUGAGAGCUCGCAAAGAGUCUCGGGUGAUUUUGGCAGUGGACCCAUUGCAGUCUCAGACAGUGGAUAUAAUGGCGACCGGUGGGCAGCUGCACGUCAAUCUAUGGGCGACGUUUCCGUAUGGAAUCUCACAACAUUAGAACAGAACAGGAUUUUCAGACAACCGGACAAUCUAUCACAGGAAGCUGCCUCAAUAGCCUUUGCCGGCAACCAAUUGGGGAUCCUAUGGAUCUCUAAGAAGGGUUCACCAGGUACUUCCCCAUUUCUCCUCUACGAUGUUGGCACCGGGCAACAGCUCUCUGGAAUCAAUUUUGUGGAGUAUUAUGGCGGCACACGCUUGUCCCUUUUCAAUAAGCCAAAACUUAAAUUGUUUUUGAGUGGAACUUGGGUUAUGUUUCAUCCCGGCCCAAACACUUCAUUAUUCUUCUUGAAAAUGAGCACAGAUGGUAAUAAAAUCGAAGUUCGCAAUAGGUUCUGGCACGUCUCCCUUCUUGACGACUCAACAGUGUCCACUGAUCAAGGAGUUUGGAAUGGCCAGGAUGAGUCGGGAAGUCCCAGAGCCCCUAGGGAUCACUUUCAGUGA